GUCUGCUGAGAUGCUCCCAUUUUGUUGGUUUUCUUGCUCAUGCUUCUGAUAUUGAGAUGCAUUAAGUCAGUACAAGAGUUUUUAAAGGUUUGCAUAAAUGGAAGGCUUUGGUGGUGCGAGGAGGAAGAGGAGUAGUGUAUCUCGUCAGCCUUGUUCUGAUCCACAGAAAUUUUCACAGAUGUAUACUCUUUUGCCAAUGUCCACACGAUCUUCGGGCAGCGGUUGCAAUGAGGAAGAUGGUUAUUUUAGGGAAAUGAAAGUUGGUUCUGAUGGAUUUAAAGGUGAGAACAGGCCAUCUGAUGGAUUUAAAGGUGAGAACAGGCCAAAGAAACUUAAACUCAAGCUUGGUGGUGUUACUCAUACAAUACACACUAAGUAUGUGUCAGGAUCCUCUCCAUGUUUUGACAUCCAUCAGCCAAAAAAGAAGUUGUUUCUUCAGGAUUCUACUUCUGGGAAGGAUCAUCAUUUAAGAGGGAUGAUUGGUGAAAGUGUCUAUGCAAAUGAAGAAUAUAAACACGAACCAGUUCGUAAGAGUAAGCGGGUUCCUAAGAGGCGUGUAAUGGAUAUGGGAAUUAAUGAAGAUGAUGAUGAUGGAGAUGAGGAAAUCCGUUAUCUUGGCAGACUUAAUGCUUCUAAAUUUUCUUCGGAUGGUAGACAAAUGGAGCAUGAAAUAUAUGCUGAUAUGAAAAAUUGUAGAUUAUCGAACUCAGGUAAAGAUGAUAUACUGAAGUUGAGAUCAGAAAAAUCUGAUUAUGAUAGAGAUUACAUGGAAGAUGAAGAACCCAUAUCAGAUGAUGAGCCUGAUUACAAAAGCAAGAGACUAGGAUUUGUUGAAGGAAGGAAUAAAAAAGGGGCCAAUUUGAUUGAGUUCCCAAAUGGUUUACCUCCAGCGCCUCCUAAAAAACAAAAGGUGAAACUUUCCGAAGUAGAGCAGCAGCUGAAGAAAGCCGAGGCUGCACAGAGGCGUAGAAUCCAAUCAGAGAAGGCAGCCAGGGAGGCUGAGGCUGAGGCAAUCAGAAAGAUACUUGGUCAAGAUUCUGGAAGAAAGAAAAAGGAAGAAAAGAUGAAGAAACAACAGGAAGAAUUAGCUCAGGGAAGGGCUGCCAAUUCAAAUACACUGGGCCCAAAUACUGUUAGAUGGGUCAUUGGUCCUACUGGAACUGUUGUUAUUUUUUCUGAUGAUAUAGGUCUGCCAAAUAUAUUCAAUUCAGUUCCAUGCAGUUACCCUCCACCUCGUGAAAAAUGUGCGGGUCCAAAUUGUACAAAUGCUUACAAAUAUCGCGAUUCAAAGUCAAACCUUCCACUCUGCAGUCUCUUUUGUUAUAAGGCAAUACAUGGGAAGAUGCAACCUCUACUUACCUGCUGAUAUGAUACAUUCUACUCCUAGGUUGGUGUAGAAACCAUUGAUGGUAUAUUUUGUAACCUUAAUUCUUGAAUGUGAACAUAAUUGGGCUCAGUGUAAGCUUUUCAAUUUAACCAAGGACACUGGCGUUUGAUGCGAAAUACUUUUACGCGAGAGUCGUGAUCAUAUAUAUAUAUUAAUUAUGCUUGAUGUCGAAA